AUGGGGGAAUACAGGCUGGCCCCAGAAUUUCAAGCCUAUUCCGUUACCCCUUUAGCUUGGUCUCAGAAGACACCCGAGCAGCAACGGCAACACGUACAGAAAGUCCUUAAGGUCCCGUUGUGUUCAUCUUCCAAUCAAAUCCAACCUACGACGAGACUGUCCAUUUCAGUCGAAGAAUGUGGGGUGAGCAGCGUAGCCGCGGGAUUUUUGAAUCAAAUUUGGCACGAAUCAGAAAUAAUUCUGUCUCAUCACAAAGUAAUCGAUCUGGGUGGAGGUUCGUAUUGUGUGACCGAGUUUGGAAACAGUGUGAAUGUCACGAUCAAAAGUGGUAGCCCCACAUGUAGAUGCCGUAAUUCCCAAAGCACAGCAGGUCUUUGUUCUCACAUUCUUGCCGUGGCUGAUACGAUAGGAACACUUCCUGCGUUCUUAGAUGGUUUCAACAAGAAAAAAGGUAAAUCACGCAACAUACUCGGUGCUAACAUUCCAAAAAGGGCAGGCGAAAAGGCCAAGGAGAAGAAAAAACGAAAGGGACAGAAUAAUGUGGAACUCACUCCAAUCAUAGAGGAAGUAACAAGACCAGACAGUGAAAUAGAUUUCCAGAAGCCUCUUGCGUUCACAGAAAUAUGGCACAACAACAACAACUUUUACGUUGUCUUCACCAAAGAAUGCAGUAAGGCUAAAAAGUGCGAGUCGUGUAAAGUGGAAUCUGCUAGAGGUGGUGUAGUGUGCAUUCCACAGGACAUUGCAAUACUUCAUAAAGAACGAUACUAUUACCCAAAGGAAGACGGCAAGGGAAGAGUGACUAUGGAACCCACGUGGAGUCGGGAGGCAUCCAGAUUUUAUUGCAUAAAAAAGGAUUGCAUUUUAAGAAGGCAUCCAUACUUUUGGAAGGAAAUGGUUGAGAUUGACGAUGACGUACGACUGAACUUGAAAGAGGGUCAUUUGAAACUUUUAAGGGAGGCCUUACACUUGUCCGUUUGA